UCAUAGCUGUAGAAACAAUGGCUCGACUAAGUCAUAUUGCAUUGGUCAUUACUGUGAAUGUACUCCUGCUGAUGUGUAUUCUUGCUGAAGAAGAGCGCUAUAAUGAUAAGUACGAUAAUUCCAACUAUCUUGCUACUCUCAAUAAUAAGACUUUGCGAGAAGCAUAUUAUAAUUGCUUUAUGAAAAUAGCGCCAUGUCAGACACAUCAACAGACAGUUAUAACAGGGAUGUUCAGCGAAGCUUAUCAAACUAAUUGCAAGAAAUGUACUGAAAAACAAAAAGAAAAGAUUGCUGCAGUUCAAGAUUGGUUCCAGAAGAAUGAGCCCGAUAAAUGGCAAUUAAUAGUUGCGAAAACUGCAGAAGAUAUGAAAAAGAAAGCUACUCAGUAAUUGCCGGCAAAAUAGAUGGAUAAUGAAUCUCCCGUGUGCUAUAUUCAAAUAUA